AUGGGAAGGGAAAUAGAGCCUCAGAAAUCUGAGCAGCAAGUCUCAUACACAGUGGAGCAGCUGGUAGCUGUGAAUCCUUACAAUCCCGACAUCCUCCCCGAUCUUGAAAACUACGUCAAUGAGCAGGUUGCCUCACAAACAUACAGUUUAGAUGCAAAUCUCUGCCUUCUUCGCCUUUAUCAGUUUGAGCCAGAGCGGUUGAGCACCCAAAUUGUUGCUCGCAUUUUGGUUAAGGCCCUUAUGGCAAUGCCGGCUCCAGAUUUCAGCCUUUGUCACUUUUUGAUCCCAGAAAGAGUGCAAAUGGAGCAGCCGUUCAAGACUCUGAUUGUCCUCUCACAUUAUCUUGAGACUGGUGGGUUUCGUCUAUUCUGGGAUGAAGCAGCUAAGAGUCGGCAUAUUGUUGACGCUGUACCAGGGUUUGAGCAAGCUAUCCAAGCAUAUGCAGUUCACGUCCUUUCUUUGACCUACCAAAAGGUUCCUAGGUCCGUGUUAGCAGAGGCCAUCAACAUUGAAGGUUUGUCGCUGGACAAAUUCCUCGAACAGCGAGUGGCAGACUGUGGGUGGGUUAUAGAGAAGGGCCAAGGUGGUGGUCAAGUCAUUGCUCUUCCUAAGACUGAAUUCAACCAUUCUGAGCUCAAGAAGAACUCCGGCGAUGCUGUCCCAUUGGACCACGUCACUCGCAUCUUUCCCAUUCUUAGCUGA